AAUGGACCCCCCUCUGGUCGCUCCUGUUACGUCAUGCCAUCGCGCCGGAAAAGGCAGAACACCUACAAAAAGACGAAGAAGAAGAAGAACAGAAGAAGAAGAAGACGAAGAAGAAAAAGAGGAGGAGGGGAAAAAAAGCGAAGAAGGAGGCGUUCCCCUCCAGCACCAUCAGCUGCAGAUUUAUGCAAAGCGGAGGAAGCGCUGCGGAAGAAAAGGGGCGUCGCGCACGGAGCUCGCGCACGGAGCUCCGGACACCGACCAGCCGCCUGCGGACGGCCAGCAGCGGGCACCCGGUGCAGGCGGAGAGGACCGGGACCGGGCACGCAGCCAUGGAGACGGAUGGAGAGCAGAACCAGCAGGGGGCCUCAGCCAAUGGUAGCGCGGCAUCCGGAACGAGCUCCCGCCCCUCUCCGAUGAAUUCCAUGUCUCUGUACGAAAGACAGGCGGUGCAGGCGCUGCAGGCGUUACAGCGGCAGCCCAAUGCGGCGCAGUACUUCCAUCAGCUGAUGCUGCAGCAGCAGAUCAGCAACGCGCAGUUCCAGAACCUGGCAGCCGUGCAGCAGGCCUCCCUGGCUGCCAGUCGCCAGUCGAGCGCCUCCAGCGCCGGCUCCGCUCAGACCACCGGCGCCGCGCCUGCCAGUGUAACAUCUGGAUCUACCACCAACAGCCGCCCUGUGGGCAACCCGUCCACCAUCAGCCAAUCGGUGCUGCUGAGUGGGACAGCGGGGGGACAGGGACAAAUGUACCUGAGGGUCAACCGCUCUCUGAGGACCCCCAUCUCCUCGCAGCUUAUCUUCAUGCCCGGCAGCACGCCGCCUGCUUCCGUGGCAACCGUCGCCCAGCAGCCGCAGGCUAAACAGGAAGUGACGCCGACUUCCUCCUCCAGCGGCCAGUCGGACAACGACCAGGUGCAGAAUCUGGCCGUGCGAGGUGCGUCCGCUCUCAAAGGCGUCGGCGUGAAGACUGAAGCUCCAGAGAGGAGCAACUCGGCCUACUCCAUGGUCCACUCGAGCUCCAACACCCCCAACAAGCCAAACCAUCCACAGCACCAACCGCCCCACAUCAAAAUCCCCACGUACCCUCAGCCCACCAACCUCAAAGCCCAGCCGUCCUCCUCCUCCACCGCCACCUCCUCCACCUCCUCCAUCCCCCUCUCCGAGCUCCUGCUUCACGGUACCCGGACCCUCACCUCGGGAGCCACGGCACCCACGGCGGCGCGCGCCCUGCUCCUGACCUCCGGCGCGGCCUCCCAGGCCCACGGGUACCCCGUCGGUACGGCGACCAUCAAACCGGCGGUCGGCGCUCAGACGCUGGUGGUGCAGCCCCUGCAGAAGACGUCGCCGGGGGCCGAGAAAUCGGGCCACGGCAACGGACCCGUCCCCAUCCAACCCAAAACUCUGCAGGGGCUCCGGCUUCCCCUCCAGCUGCCCUCUAGGAACCCGCCCCCCAUCCUGCCCGCCCCGCCGCCCGUCAGCAGCGCCGCCCCGCCGCCACCUCCGACGCCGCACAUCCCGGUGCAGAUCGUGGGCGCCAGGCAGAGCAUGCUGGGAAACAGCAAGGCGGUGGCUCUGGCCCGCGGCAGCUGCUGCUCCCGGGACGGCUCGUCCAGCCUGCUCACCAUGUUGGCGACCGUGACCUCUAGGGAGGGCGGGGUCGUGGGCCAAGGGGCGGGGCUAAAGACGCUUCAGUCGCCACAGGAGGCUCAGGUCUCGCAGGUGCAUCCGCAGACCAAUCAGAGCUCCGGGCCGGGUGACAAUGGACCCUUGGCUUCAGGCCCCCCCUCCUCCCAGGCCCCCGCGGUCUCCACCCCUCCUUCCUUGACGCCUCGCUCCUCCCUCUCCCUCCCCCUAGUGACGGAGGAGCAGAGAGGAGCUGUGACUGUCAACGGAGACUCCUCCAGAAGUCAGACAUCACAGGAGAAGCAGUUGACGGGCUCCCUAAAAAGAAAAUGCGAUCCUCCGUCAGCCAAUGACGAAGAAGGCCCCUCCCCUCCACGGCUCCAUCCAAUCAGAAAUCACGCCUCAGCACGGCCGACCAAUCCCAGCGACGCAGGCUCUAGUGUUCCUCCUCCAGUCCCCUCCUCUUCCUCCCCCGUGCUGCCCCCGUCCCGUGGGGUCUGCCAGGGGGAGAGAGCCCCCCCGCCUCAAGCUGUGGUGAAACCGAACGUCCUGACGCACCUCAUAGAGGGCUUCGUCAUCCAGGAGGGGGCUGAGCCUUUCCCUGCGUGUGGCUCGACGAAGGACUCGCCCGGUGAGGAGUUAGCCAACGAGGGGCGGGACCAAUCGAACACGGUUACCACGGCAGCAGUGCUGAAGUGUGAGUACUGCAAAAGCUUUGCUCCCGCCAGCCAGUUCAGAGGCACCAAGAGGUUCUGCUCCAUGUCUUGUGCCAAGAGGUACAACGUCAGCUUCCGGCAGCACUUCUCGGUGCGGCGCGAUCAAGGCGAGGCUCAGCUCUCCAACUCGGACGAGGAGGCCGGCAUCGCCCGGCGGAGGGUCCCCCGCAGGACCAGCUCCGAAAUAGCCAGUGCCAAGAUUGCAGGGAGAGCCUUCCCGGACAAGUGCCGCUCCGAGUCCAGCCACUCGGACGAGGAGUCCAGCGGGGAGGAGGACGAAGACGACCCCGUGUCCCUGUCCUCCGCCUCCUCCGCCUCCUGCCGCCCGCCCCCCCCACCGCUCCCGACCGAGAGCUCCGUACCCAGCUGCCCGCCCUCCGGCCCCGCCCACUGGGGGGUGGAGGAGGUGACGCGGUUCAUUUCCUCGUUACAAGGCUGCGAGGAGCUCGCCUCCCAGUUCCUGUCGCAGGAGAUUGACGGACAGGCCCUGCUGCUGCUGAAGGAGGAGCACCUAAUGUCCACCAUGAACAUCAAGCUGGGCCCCGCCCUCAAGAUCUGCGCCCACAUCAACGCCCUGAGGGACUGAUGCCCGUUCAAAGUCAAGCCCCCCGAUCACUUUGGAAGUGAAUCUGGUCCCGGAGGAGUCUGGGGGGGCUGCUCCUGGAUGCGUGAGGUCAUCUUCCCGAGGAGGCCCAGGCUCUUGAGCUCUCAGCAGCUCGCUCAGCUGCUCAUUUUCAACCUUUCAGUCUGCAAAGAGUCGCACAUUCACAAAAGAUUACAAUGUUUAGGUGAACAUUGAUGUUCCCUAGAAUUCUGUUUCUACACAGACAGCAGUCGGUCAAAGUUGUUAACGAGUGAUUUCAUUUCUUUUUUUCCCUCCUGCACCUGCUUGUGCGUAGUGAAGUGCAGGAAUGAAGGUUCUGAAUGUAUUCUCCACGCAGAAGUCGCUUCAUGAAGCUGGAUUCUUUGCACAGACAGUAACCCACUUCUCUGCUCAUCUCACUGCUUUUGUUGUUGCAUUGAAUUGAUGUUUGUUCUUGAAAGAUUGGCUCACUUCCUCGUCUUUUCUUUCCUUUUUAGAACCACGAAUGUUCUCGUGUAGCCGAACACUCGUGGCUCUUUUGAUUACGACUCUUUUUCUUAUUUAAGCCACAAUCAGCAUGGCAUUAUUACAGAACUGUAGCAAAAUAAAAAGUAUAAUUUAAUUCAAAUCUACUCAAAAGCUGAGUGUCGGUUGUCAUCAAAGAUGACAGUUGCUUUACUUUCAAGGGAACAUUUUUACCUCUAAUUGUAUUUAUGUGAAAACUAAUACUGUGUAAAGUGUAAUUGUUUUGUAAAUGGUGGCUUUUUUAAUUCUUCAGUUUACAGGGUACGCUUUAAGCACAGGGUACUUGCUGCAGAGAACUAGAGUCCAAAUGAAUCCCGAGUCCUUCGGCUCUCGGAGAGCGUUUCUGUUUCCAAGUGAGGCAAAAAAUACUGAUGUUGCUUGUGGUUUUCUCACUGUAUCUCAAAAACGCAGGAAAUGCUCUCCCAAAACUCUGAAGAGACAGUCUAUUAUUUAUUUUAAUGAAGAAAAACAAACCAUUACUGAGUGAAAGAGGUGUGAAUGAGGAGAAACUGUAAUAAGUGUGUAAGAUUUGCAUAUAUAUUUAAAUUUGUUGGACGGCCUUGUUUCUGCUUCUGACCGUAGGAGUUUUCUCAUGUUAUCGCUCUGUCAACCUUGUGGCCUUUCUCACCAGUCUCUUUAAUAGGUUUAGCUGAGGAUUGUCUCUUUUCUAACUGCUUUUCAUAUCAUUCAUUGUUUUUAUAUUAGUGCUUACUUUUCUACGAUUGUUAAUUCAAGCAAUGACAUCCGUUGCCUUUCCCCAAAAAGCGCCACUGAGUAUGGACCUCGAUUAAGGACACUUCCCAUCGUCCUCGUGGCUUUGUCCCGUAGCGUGUAACUACCAACAGUAUUUCCCUGUCUAGAUAGUGAUCUUUGGCUCUGUUGUUCGUGACCGUGACUCUUAGUGUUUUCUUUCAAACCGGACGAUGGUCUCUGAUAGCCGUGUU